UAGAAGAAGAUCCCGAAAUGUUUUGAAAUCUUUUUGGUGCUUUUCGAUCUGUUGGUAAUUCCAAGAAUUUUGCGCCCUGCUGAUUCCAAUGACGCCAAAUAAAGAAAUUUAGCCGCAAGGCAGCCUUUUCCAAUUAUGAUUAUUCCAAUCUGAAACAGCAUUGGUUACAGUACUAAUAUGCAAACUGAAUGCGUGCUAAAUAAUCUAAGGACAUCGGAUUUCUGAACUGAAAUCUGACCUAAAAUAUCUGUCUUGCGACCCUGUUCCUGCUCAAUUUAUUUAUAUAGGCCUAACAAUUCGGACGAUUCGCUCCAGUUUUCCUUUAAUAACUUUAGACUAACUAAAUCUGUAGGACUGAUUUAAUUUUUAAACAUGACAAAUACCAUAUUUUUACUGUUUUUUCAUAUUUCCAUAUUUAAAUAAAAAUUCCAGUUAAUAUGAAAGUCUCCAAAACUUUGACCAAAAUGUGCAAUUUAUGAAAACAGCCCUCCGGUUUUCCUUUAAUAACUUUUCGCAGCAAAAUUAUGAAAAUACCAUUUAAAGUUUAAUCGAUAGAACACAGUUUGCUACACUGUUUUUUAUAAUUUGCUAGAAGUUAAAGUUGUUUCAAAAACAUUUUCAGCCCCCGAAUGUUGGUAAAAACGGAAUUUUCCCAAAACCGCUCUUCAGUUUUCCUUUAAGAACUUUUUUAAAUCUCGGAGUUUUGGCCCAAACAGCCGUUAAUUCUCUUUCUCGAUACCUGCUACACUGUUUUUUCAUAGUCUGCAGUCGGUUUAAGCACUUUGUUGUGUUUUUAUUUUACGUCCAAAGUUGAGGAAUUUUGCGAAAGUGCAACCUACGCCUCAAACCACGAUGCAGACUUGAGUUUAUUAGUCGUGCCAGGCGCUACCCCCUGAGUCGGUUUUCAUCUCCAGUUGUUGAAUAUUCAUCAAAAUAUUUGUUUAAUUCUGUUUUUUCAAAAAAAUACGUUUUAUUUGACUUGCGAGGUCUAGGAAAAUGAGAUUCUUUUCCUGUCACCAUGUUCAAAACCACUCGGCACAUCAACUGCCGUCAAUUUAUUUCAGAUUUUUUUUCUAAAUUUUUUACCUAUCCAAUCUUGUAAAUGAUGCCAUCACCUAAAAUUUUUUUGCUUUGGUUGUCAAAUUAGAACGGCCAACGAGUCCAAAACGGUCGCUUGAAAACAGCAAAAAUCUCGCUACUCAACUCAAAGGAGUCGAUUUAUAGUCUCUUUAUUGAUUGAGAGGAGGGCCACUGCGCUCUGACGAUUCGCAACCCUCCUCUGACGAUUCGAGCAAAACAGCCCUCCAGUUUUCCUUUAAUGAUAUUUCGCAGAAAAAUUGUAAAAAUGCCACUUAAAGUUGAAUCAAUUGAGGAUGGUCUGCUUCACUGGUUUUUUAUAGUUUGCAAGAGGUUAAAAGUGAUUUAAGAACAUUUUUAGCCCCCAGAAUGUUUGGAAAUUCUCGAAUUUCCCAAAACUGCACCUCGGUUCCUUUAAAUAACUUUUUAAAAUCUUGGGCUUUUUGCCCAAACAGACGUUUAUUCGUUUUUUCGAUACCUGCUACACUGAAUUUGACGUCAAUGUUGUUAGCUGGUUAGCAAAAACCUUUAGACCCAAACAAUAUAAAUUCUUUCAAAGGCCUCACAAAUUCUUCACACAACCAACUUCAAAAGUCUUUUCUUAUCUUCCACGAUGAAAUGUUUAUAUUGUUACCCCCAAAUAACCCCCAAAGGAAUCUGUUUAUUUGUAAAAAUGAGACUUGUUUUUAUAGAGAAUGGCAUAUACGCAAUCAUAGUGUUUGGAAAAAAAAAUUUUCUGAGCACCCACUGGAUUUUUGUUUCCUUGCGAGCCUUUGCCGUAUUUAUAUUUGUCAUAUGAUAGCUUUUCACGAUUUUCAAGUUCAUUUCAUUUGCAAUUUCACUAAAUAAUUCUUUCAAAAAUAUCAAGUCGAAUUAUAAAUCAAAGCAUAAAAAGAUAUUUCAAUCUAAAAUAUUCCUAUGAUGAUUAACUUUAGUGGCCUCUUUGUGAUUGACUCUCAUUUUUAAUUAUUUUUGUUCUAAAUCUGUGUUUCUCUUGCAUUUUUGUUAAGAAUAAUGUAAUUAUAAUGAUAAAAGCAAUAUAAUACAAUUUGUUUAUAUUUGGCUAGGAAAUAUUUGCUAUGAGAACAAAAACUAACUAUAUCAAUGCAUGCAACAUAUCCCUUGGCAAUCCGUGCAAGAGACCCUUUCAAGUCAAAACUAUUAUUUUAAAAAUUGUUUACGCAAAAAGUUGUUUUCGAUUGGAUUAGUUUUUCAAGUUUUUUGCAGUUGUAGACGUUCGUUUGAUUUUGCGUUAAAGAUUUAGACUUCAAAAUCGUAACAGUAUCUAACGCUAAUAAAUGCCAAGUUUACCCUGUUUAAAAUUGAAAUACAAUCACGACUGUUACAUCCGGACCCCUUCCAAUCUCUUAUUAUCAUUAUAUACUCAUUUGCUUUUUACAUCUUUAUAUUGAUCUGGAAACUGGAUUCAAACUAUGCUACCCUUAAAUAAAAGAUACUUUUUUCUAUUGACGAUCUCCCGUAGGACAGAUGGUUUGCCAGAUAUAAUACAUUUGUAGAGCUCAAGCAUAAGUUUUUACAAAUUUGUUCAAUGUAUUGAGACUUAUUGAGAUUUAUUUAAUCGUGAACAGUUUUUCCACAAACCAUUUAGAUGAGUGGGUAGUAAUUAGAAUUGUUCAGUAUAUAUAAGUCACAGGGGGCUGGGGCACCUAUUCGAUAAUAGGAGUUUGUUAGCAAUUUUCACCUCCAGGGUGGGGACUAAUAUUAAGGGUGCCAAUUUGAGGAUUUGCUACUUCAAUUUCACUUCUUUUGCUGGAUAUGUCCUCUUUUUGGUAUAUUCUUGAAGUUUUAGUCUUGUAAUCACCCCUCUUUAAUCCUGAAUCUGGUCAUUUGAAAUUGCAUCAGCACGGUGCACCCAUCAAUCACCAAAUUAGCAGAGAUGAAGUUUAAUCAUUGAGUAAAGAAAGAAAGAAUCUUUUCACAUAUAUUCCAGAUGGCGAGUGAAGUCCAUUUCACCUAAUGAUAGAAGAAUCUACCGACAAACCAGGGAUUUGUUGCACUAACUGAAGAUUUAUUGACAAAUUCAUAAAGAAUUGGGGAUGCCACACCCCCUACACCCCCGCUUGCUACGCCCCUGCUUGUGAUCCUCUGGAUUCGAAUGCCUUCUAUCUGCAUUUCCAAGCAAAGGAAUCACGAGGUGUGGUCACAACGACAGGGAGGUACAGGGCCUUGCUCGACAAGCAUAUCUUAUCAGUGUCCUAAAAACUACCGUCAGAGGCAAUGUAUAAUAAAUUUCAAAAUACAGUACAAUUCACGAAUAGCAAACAAUACAAGUAGAGUCAGGCGUAAACACCCCUAGUGAAAUUAAAGAAUGGUUAUCCCUUUUGUUGGCAUAUCUAGGACCUCCACACCCCAACCCAGGCUGUGAACAGGUUUUUAACUUAGCCCUGUCAUUCACGUAAAUGAAUUUCAUACAUACAUUUUAUACAUACCCCUUGUACAUAAAAGGUAGCGGUGGUCAGGGACGCCGGAGCGGGGGGCUUUGAUGGGGGCAGCGCCCCCUUGCCUUUCACUAGGAAGGGCAGAGGAGGCAAAUGUGCCCUUUUUGAGAAAAUGACAAUGUUAAAUACAGUCAUUUUUAUUUAAAGAUUUAACGUUAACCAAAAUUCGAAACGGUUUCUUAUGCUUCAAAUAUUCUUUUUUACUAAAAAAUAAAAUAAGAUUAUUACAAAACAAACGUUAGAAUUAACGAAAAAUCGAGCAUUAUUACGUUGACAGUUCUGUGAAAUUAUCAACUCUCCAACUGCUACUUACUGUAACCUAUUGCUAUUGUCACAUGCUUUUACUUUCUCGCAGAGUUAACCUUCAAAUGAAAUAAAAGAAUGGAAUAAUUUAUUUUUCCACGAUGCGAAGAGCGGAUAGAAGGGUAACCUUGCGCCGAUAUAGCCACUGAAGAUGCCCUUUCUAAAUUUCUGUCCCCGCCUCGCCCUUUAUUGGCUCCGAUGGCCCUGUACCAGCGGCAAUUUUAGGGGAUACCAAGGGGCCACGGCCCUAGGCCCCGCGAUUUUAAUAUCCAGAAUUGGUCACGCACCCAUAAAAAAUAUAAAUUGAAAAGAAUAAGGCCCUGCACCCUUCCUGCAAAGGAAUUUCAAAAAUUUCUGGCCGAGUUUCAAAUCGGGUUGUUGCUGCGCAGGAAUAUCUGGUACACCUUUUUCUCUUGUGAUUUCCCUGUUUUGGAGAGACUGGAAGUGGGUGGAGAGACUUUGGACGAUGAUUCUGCGAUUUAUCCGAAAUUUUGUACUUUCAGGCUGAGUUUCUAUCUUCGUUUUAUGCAGAUACAGUAAAGGUACAUUGAAAGUUCGUUUUAAUCAGUCGGAUCCCAGAUGCGGCUACUGUGCAGAUAACUUAUUGCUUAGGCCCGUUUUGGAAGAGCUGUUUUUGUGGGCAGGGCCUUUGAUGUUUUGGUGCGAUAACAGCAGGGAAAUAAUACGAAACCAGGUCAAGUGCUACUCCUAUGAAUGUUCUCCAGCUGUAAAGUUUUUUAUAUGUGAAGUUGUAUCUUGACCUCGAAUGUUCCAUAAGGGACUGUCCAAAUCAAAACAUGAAUCCAAAUGAAGUUGAGGGAAAAGAUUCACCAUAUUACCUUGCAAAGAAGAGCUUGUCAGACCGAACGGUGACUUCGAGUGAAGACAAUAUAGUGAUAGACAACGAUGAGAACAGGGCAGGAGAAAAUGAAGACUGUAUGAUUGAGGACCUCGUAGACAUAACUGAAGAUGAUGUGGCAGGGGAUGUGGAUAGUGACACAGAUAGUGGAUCAUACUGGAGUGCAAUUGAUGAGGAUGAAGAGGAAAACGACGAGGCACAUUCGAACGUCACGUAUUCACAGAACAGCUUUGAAGUCCAAAAGACUGAUGAGUACAUAGAAAGUGAAAGUGUCCAUACUGCCAUCAAUAGAGAGUAUGGUGGUAGCUUCACAUCAAGGGAAGGGGUGAGGGUUAUUUUAAAGGAAAGUGGCAAUAUCAGAAUUGAUGAAAAAAUAGAGGAAGCCAUUGAAUAUGAAACGGAGGCAACCCAGCUAGCAAGUCUGAAAGAAAAUGCUGUAUUUUGCUCUACAGAAGUUCAAGCUACAAACAUAAUUGGUCUUACCCCAUCUGUUAAUGACAAAAAUGGUUCUGAGGAGAGACUGCUGGAUAACUUUGUGAAUGAAAUUAUUACUGAUGAAGCAGCAAAGCUAGAAAAGUUUCCUGAAAGCAAUGAUGUUGCACAUGAAAAGGCACCAGGGACUCAAAACUCUCCAUUUAUGAGUCUGCACAGUGAUAUAGCUCAAAAUUUGUCUUGUAAAACUGGGAUAGCUGAAUUUAAGCCACAAAUUGUUCAAAAUGACUCUGUAGAUUCAAAUAAAAAGCUUGUUGAUCCAACUUUGGAUGUUGAAAAGUGUCUAGGUGCAUAUGAUGUCAUUGAUCAAUUUGAUGUGAGAGUUUCUGAGAAAAAUGCAAAUGCUGUAUUGUUUGAACCCAAUCCAGUGAUUCAGAAGCUUCAUAAUUUUGCUGUCGGAGUGAGAAGAACUGUCAGUUUCAGAAAACAAGAAAGAGCUAAAGAAGAAUUUUCUUUCACCCAUCCAACAAGACGCACUAAGUCAGACACUCAUGUUUUCAGAAAGCAACCAAUUGAUGACUUUGUCAAUGUAGAAUAUUCUACAAGGAAAGAAAAGAAUGGAGAAGUUGUUGAGGUCCUUGUUGUCUCCCCAAAUUUAUCAAAGGGUCGGGUGAAAGAAGAAGAUAUUGAUGUAGAUUUUGUAGAUGGGAAAUCUCAAUUGGAUGAAAUUGACGGACACAAAUAUAAGCUUAAAGAUGUUGACAUUGGCAGUGCGGAUGAUCUUGAUGGUACAGUCCAGUUGAAAAAGUAUUCAAAUUUACAUGAUGAUAUUGAUAUUAUAUCUUUGUCAGGUUUUGAUAAUGGAAACUUCACAGAUGGAAAAGCACAGGAGGCAAAUGUGUCAGAUUCUGCUGACAAUGAUUCACUUGAGAAUCAAGAGGAUCCUUUUGAUGAAUCAAAGCCUACAAGGCCCCCAAGACUAAAGAAGUUAAAAAAACAAGAGUCUCACGAAAUAGCAACGUCUCAUAUGAAAAAAGUAUCAAGUGAAACAGACAUUCGAAGAAAUUCUGAAAGAGCAUUACCACUAACCAGAAAUGGCAAAAAACACAUGAGUGCAUCUUCUUUUGAUAUUUCUUCCCUGCAAACUCUUGAUUCCAAGAAGAAGUCAGUUUCUGAUGAAAACAUUUUCAAAGGAAUCCUUCCAUUUUUGGAUUUUGAAUCAAAGAAAAAGACCUUGAGUGGGUCAGGGACAAAAACGCUUCCAGCGAAUGAAGAGAAACUACUGUUGUUUACUGAUGCCUUUCCAACUGUCAUUCCUGACUUUCCCCAAGACAAGCGUUCUCUUAUUGCAAAAGAGAUUUAUACAACUGAAAGGAAUUUUGUCAGAGGACUAGAGCUAUUGGUUAAGCUGUUCAAAAGAAAAUCUGUUGAAUUUUGUCAUUUGGAGAAAGAUGAAAUAGAUACGGUUUUCUCAAAUGUCGAUGAGAUCUUGGAUUUUAACAAGGGGAUAUUAGACGAUGUUUUUCAGCGAAUAAACAGUUGGUCAGAUGAUCAAACAAUCGGAGAUAUAUUUGUCCAUAGCGCAGACAAAUUCAAGAUGUACGCGAAGUACUGUCAGAACUAUGACACAAGUGAAGCAUUCAUCAAGCAGAAAGCGAAGAAGAAAAAAGAUUUCGCUGGAUUUCUUCAGGCCUGCUACACCAACCCGGCCUGUCAGUUAGGCCUUACCCUACCAUCAUAUUUGAUUACAAUUGUGCAAAGGAUUCCACGAUAUGUUCUCCUACUCAAGGAUCUUCUACGUAAGACUUCACCAACUCACCCGGAUUACAAUAACCUUACUGCAAGCGUAAAGAAAAUGGAGGAGAUCGCUUCAUACAUCAACAACCAACUGAAAUUAUCCCAAAGUGAAAAAGCUUUGGCUGCCCUCCAACAUCAGAUUGUUGGCUUAAAGGCGUACUAUUUUUCAGGAAGAACGCUUGUCCACGAGGGUCCUGUUUGCUUGAUGAACAUUAAACGCACUUACCAGUGUGUACUGUUCAAUGAUCUCAUGGUUUUCGCAAGUAAAGGGGAUAGCAAGCAGAGUGUCGUUGAUCUCGUAUUAGACCUCAGCCUUGUCUGGUUUCAGGAUUUGGAGCAACUGGAUCCACAAACAACUAAAGAAGAUUCCAUCGGUUUGUACACGCCUGACAGACCCUAUACAAUAUACGUUGGAACGAAGUCAGCGAAGAGGUUAUGGCUGCAGCACAUUAGAAAUGCGAUAAUUGCUCAUAUUUCCGAAGACAAUCCAAAUGAAAAUGCUACUUUAUCUCAACGCAAAGCUACAUAUACCUACAAGAACGGUUGUGUUUAUAGCGGGGAUUUUCUUGAAUCAAAGCGAGAGGGCGAAGGAACAAUGAUGUGGCCAAAUCAGAUGACUUAUCGGGGAUCUUGGAUUGACGAUGAAAGAAAUGGCUAUGGGGUUCUUGAAUAUGGCACUGGCGAGAUUUACGAGGGGCAAUGGAAAAAUGAUAAGCUGCAUGGACCUGGCACGGUCAAAUACAGAAAUGGCGACGAAAUUCAAGGUGAAUGGAAAAUUGGAAUUCGACAUGGACAAGCGAAAAUCACCUUCAGCAAUGGAGAUGUAUUUGAUGGAGCUUUCAGAAGUGACCGCAUUGAAGGAGAUGGCAAACUGUCUUGCAAAAAUGGAAUGGAAUAUGAUGGAGCCUGGAGGCGAAAAAAUAUGGCUUUGGGAAGCUGAAAAUGGUAGAUGGAAGCGUAUAUGAAGGCUCCUUCAGAAAUGAUGAAUUUGAUGGAGACGGGGUGCUCACGUAUUCUGAUGGUUCUGUUUACAGAGGGGAAUUCAAAGAUGGCCAGAGAGACGGCUGUGGAACUUACACGGUUAAAAAUGGAACUUGCUACGAAGGUCAUUGGAUGUAUGAUUUAAAAGACGGAACAGGAACUCUUACCUUCCCCAAUGGGGAUAAAUACGAAGGAGCCUUCAUCGAAGACAAGAGAUGCGGUGAAGGUACUAUGAGUUAUAAUUUCGGGGGAUGUUACACUGGGCGAUGGGAGGAUGAUAAGAGGCAAGGUCACGGUGUCAUGGAGUUCAAGGAUGGCUCAAAGUAUGAUGGAAAUUGGACUUCAGGACAGAGAUCAGGGCAAGGUAUCCAGUCAUACCCAGAUGGCUCUGUUUAUGAUGGAGAAUGGCAGUUUAAUAUGUUUGACGGCACAGGCACCCUUGAGAAACGAAACGGCUGGAAGUACAAAGGCCAAUGGAAACACGGAAAGCAUCACGGUACAGGAACCUUGACAGACACAGCCAACAGCUUUAAAUUUCAAGGUGAAUGGCAGAAUGGCAAGAAGCAGGGAAAAGGGAUCGAAUUGAUUUACGGGAUUCUUUUUGAAGGAGAAUUCAAGAACAAUAAACGAGAUGGACGUGGGGUUGAAACUGCGCAGGACAAGACAACGUAUGAAGGUCAUUGGAAACUGGGUCAAAGACAUGGAAAGGGAGCAAAGAAAUUGCUGAAUGGAAUGGUGCAACAUCAGGUUUGGCAUAUGGGAUGCUUAAUGGACUGCCCUGUUUUGGUAGCCAGAGAAGUCCCGCCUCUUCAAAGGUCGUGAUCGUAGAAUAUUUGUUAUUAAAUUUUGGCAUUUAAUGUUUAUUUUAAAAUUUGCCUCAUCGAUGGCCGUUUUUUAGAAAUUUUGGCAAGGCUAACAUUAUCCCCGAUGCAAGCCAAGCUACAGAAAAUUUUGCUAUGUUUAGGCGUAGUUGUUCUUGUCUAUUUAUAAAAAAUUUUCGAGGAAUUAAGCAGUUAAGGUUCUGAGUUGUGAAACUUUUACAAAACCUAGAUUACACUGAUUACUUGAUACUUGAAAUAAAUCUCCAGCUAUUCACUAAAGCUUUCAUACUUUGUCAAAGAAGACAUGUGACAAUGAGAACGAAACAUCUUUGUAUAAAAAUCUGGCAUAAACUAAUUUUCCAAUAUUCUUCUCAAAUUGAAGGAAAGAGAACCUAUAUCUUGAAGGGAACUUCUGCAUAAAUUUGGAUUCCUUAAGAUGUAUAUCUAAGAAAUCUUGAUAUGUCAUUCAAGAAAGGACUUACAAGAAUGAGCUUGGGUUUCCUCUUGUUGGGGUUCAUUCUUGUU